CCGGUAUUUGGGUGUGUGUUUUUUCGCAUAUUCGCUAUUUGAUUCGCUAUUCGUCAGAUUUUGGAUGCAGAAAGCGAAGCUAGAACAAAAUAGAAGAGUGGGAAUUGCAUUUUUUGUUUGAAUUGCGUAUUAAUUCGCUAAAAUUUGCCGACAAGAAAGUAAAAGUGAAAUUGGAGUAUUUCAUCCCUGAAAUUUUCCCAAUUUGGAAGAAGAAAACGGAAUAUCAGCGCAGUUUUGCGCAAAUAAUAGAGCAAGGAAAAGUGAUUGUGACUACGCCAAUAGUUACUACAACUAUCAAUUUCGACGUUUCUAGCAUUUCGACGACGGCGUGUAGAAGAGGAAAAAAUUGGAGAAUUGGAAGAAAAAUUACAGCGACAGCGGUAGCGCUCGGAAACAAGGAGGCGCAACGGUGAAAAUGAGUUCCUACUCACACGCGGACCCUAUCGCGCUCAGCUUCAAUGAGACGUGCUUGCGUAUGAGCGACGUACAAUUACUGCAGGGUCCACACUGGCUGAAUGACCAAAUACUUUCAUUCUACUAUGAAUAUCUGGAAAAGAUCAAAUACAAAAAUAAUCCCGAUUUGCUAUUUGUCGCACCAGAAGUGACACAAUGCAUGAAACUGAUGGACGAUGGAGAGUUGGAGACCAUACUAAACCAGCUGGAGGCUCCACGAAAGCCAUUCAUUUUCUUUGCGUUGAACGAUAACGAAUCAACUCAAGCGGGUGGCACUCAUUGGUCACUUUUAGUAUUUUCACGACCAGAGAAAACGUUCUUCCAUUUUGAUUCGUGGGGUAACAACAACUCAUUAGCAUCACAUCAAUUUUUUCAACGAAUCAAAGAUGCAUUGAAUUGCCGUCAAUGUCAUAUGAAACCAAUACGUUGCCUGCAACAGGCGAAUGGUUACGACUGUGGCAUACACGUUAUCUGCAUGACAGACAAUAUAGCCGACAAUGUCAAUCGGUAUGAGUGUGUGGAAGGUGUUGGACCACUGCAUCAGGACACAAUCAGCGCAAAACGAUCAGAGCUGCUGAAAUUGAUUCUGUCUUUGGGUGGAAAAAUUUAGAAAUACAUUGAUGGUGAAAUAGCGGAUUGCUUUAAAGCGUCAGCAAGCACGGAAAAAUAUUAUUUGUUAAUGGCUGUUUAGAGUGGGUUGAUAGUUGGAAAUGACAGAAAUGUACACAAAACAGCCAUUUAUUUUUUUUUAUUAGGAGAGCACAGGGAUAGUUAUAUAGAAAACCAGAGUUAAGAAACGAGUAUCUUCUGUGUUGAAAAUUAAAAUUUCACCAAAACGCAUUUGGUGUAUUGCUUUCUCGGAAUUUCCUUUGUUUCAAAAGAAAUCCAUUACUUUCAGUUUUUGUUUGAGAAGUAAAGAAACAUUAAUUUUAAAAUGUGAGAAUUUUGUAACGCUAAUUUGGCUUUGAUUACUUGCAAAUAAAACUAAAAUAAGAUUGUAAAUCCUUUUGAAAAGGUAUUUAGUAAUUAAAACUAUACACGUAUAUACAUACAUACAUAUAUAA